CGUCGCCUUCGUCGCCGCUGGGCUGGUUCCCUCAUUUUCUCUGCAUCAACUAGAUCUUUUUCCGUUGUCAAGAUUAUACGAUUCGAAUACGUUAUCUGGGUCUCCCUAUAUAUAUAUUUUUUCCUUUUCUCUUUCACACUCAUUCACUAGCGGGCGGUGCUUGCUUCCGAGAGGAUUACCAACUACUACUUCAAGCAACCCUCAUCUAUAGCACUCAUUUUGCAAUUUUGUGCAAUUUUUUUUCUUUUUAAAAGUUUAUCAUGGCUGGCUUCAUGAACUCGUCAGCUAUUCGGGGCGCUGGACUGGUCAUUCUCCAGGCCCUCCGUGUCGCUACCGUCAUCACUCUCUUGACUGCCGGAGCGGCUUGCUGGAUUCUAAUCAUCAACGUCCAAAAGAGUAAGCCGUACUUCAUUUUUGAGUGCUUCACGCUCUUCUUCGUCUCGGUUUUCUGCUCCUUGCUCGUCGUCUCGGAACUGGCUUUUGCGGAAUUCAUCAAGAUCUACCUACGUCGCAUGUGGCCUGUCUUGUCCGACCACCACGGGCUUAGUUGGCUGGGCAUCGGCAUGAUUAUCAUCGGCUGCAACCUCUUGGGAAUGCUCAACCACGACCUGAACAUGUCUUCUGCCCUCUCCUCACUGGUGCUCGCUGCAGGUAUCCUGUCCUUUAUUUUCGGCUUCCUCAACUUCAUCUGUUCGUUCAUCUGGUGUGACAGAAAAGAGGGCAUCACGUCUCGCGACAUUCGUGCAAACGGCUCGCUGGCGCGGUCUCAGCGCCCAUACUCCGAAUACGGCGGCAGCAGCAAGUCGUCUUCCAUUCGAAACGAGAAGACGAGGAGCCGAUUUAUGUUUUGGAAAAACGAAAAAGACGAAGAAUAUAUGACAGGCCAGCCUGAGAGUCGCCCUCCCUACAUCAUCACUCAUCACGUUCGUGAUAUCGAAGCUCAGAGCGAUAGCCCCAUUAUCCCGGGCCUGAAGCGUCCUGAUACGGCUUUGCACCCAAUGAACAGCCGCAGCAGCCGCAGCAGUCGGUAUUCUGAGGCGAACAUGUCUCGCUUUUGAUCGCUGGAUAGGCUCUGAGUCUAAAGCAUCUGACUCUUUCAGUAAAAAGAGGGUGAAAAAAAAAAUGGAUGAUCCUCGCAAUGGCCGAGAUGGUUCGCCGAUGGGAUGAAUUGCAUGGAUCAGGGGCGUUGAGGACUGGAAUAAAUGCAGGUUCAUAAUAUCGGAAUACCCCAAAGUGGGCAGGGAAUUGCCUUUUUGUUUUGUUUGUGUUUACGUAUUUUUUCUUCUUCUCUAGAUUGCUCUAGCAAUGAUUCAAUUCGAACCCCCAACAAUGAGAAACAACAUACGUGUACCUAGGCAGCACCUUGGUAGUCGUUAUGCGAGCUUCAUCUUCACGUGAAUACGUGUAUUCUUAGGUACCUAAGCAUGCUAGAUGGCCCAAGUUGUUCCCUGCUGUCCCUAU